CAUCUAUUUUAGCUUCAGGUAGAAGUUACAUACAUGUCAUGUCGUUCGGAGACAUAGAAUUUUAUGAUGAUCAAAAUGCCCCCAAGAGCCUGUAUGUAGGACACUUACAUCCAAAAGUUUCUGAGGAGCUUCUAUCAGAACUUUUUUCCAAAUAUGGAGACAUAUCAUCGUGUAAAGUUUUCCCUGAAACUCCCGGGCAGGACCCUUAUGCUUUUGUUGAAUUCAAAAAGCGGGAAGACGCUGACCAUGCCCGAGCAGCUAUGAAUGAGAGAAGGAUAUUCGACAAGAAUAUCGUUGUAAGAUUUGCCACCAAUAAGACUAAUCAAAAGAGGGACUUAUCAAACGACUAUCAUAUUUUUGUUGGGGAUCUAAGUCCAGAAAUUCAGGCUACUGAUUUAGCAAAAGCAUUUCAAUCAUUUGGUAAAAUAACUUCAGUGCGCAUCAUGAAGGAUAACAACACAGGAAAAUCUAAAGGAUUUGCAUUUCUCUCAUUCAGUAAUCGUACUGAAGCAGAAAAAGCUAUUGAAGAUAUGAGUGGACAAUUCAUUGGUAGCCGUCAAAUUAGAACUAACUGGGCGUCCCGCAAGGGUCCUGGUGAUGGUGAAACCACUUCAGCUGGCAAGGGACCUGGUUUUAAACAGAUCUCUUACUCUGAUGCCCUUGGUUCAUCAACACCCACAAAUACAACUGUUUAUUUUGGUAAUUUGCCAGAGCAAGUAUCUGAUACAGAUUUACGAGAACUUGUUAACGAACAUGGUACAAUUGUGGACGUCAAGUUGUUUGCUGACAAACGGUACGCUUUCAUCCGCAUGGCUACUCAUGAAGAAGCUGCUAUGUGCAUUUGUAAACUACAUGGCCAUGCCCUACGUGAAACUUAUAUUAAAUGUUUCUGGGGGAAAGAAUACACUGGAAAUAAUGCGGCUCCAGGUGGUACCCCACAACAGUUCGAGGGUGGAUACAAUCAGGGAUACGGUCAGCACCAGAAUUAUAAUCAGUAUGUCCAGAAUUACUGGAACCAGUAUUAUAGCCAAUACUACCAGUAUAUGGACCCCAGUCAACAGAACCAACAGCAGCAGUUUGGUGGACAGCAAUACAGCCAGCAAGGAUUCGGUGGACAGCAGGGUGGUAUGUACUACGGUCCACAAGGAGGCCCACCUGGCCAAGGCCAAGGAGGACCACCCCAAGGACCACCCCAAGGACCACCCCAAGGACCACCCCAAGGUGCUCCCGCUCAAGGUGGUCCACCUCAAGGCCCCCCUCAAGGCCCUCCUCGAGGCCCUCCAGGCGGCCCCCAGAGUGGCCCCCCUGAUAACUCACAGUAUUAUCCUCCUACUCAACAAUAUGGCAGCAACAACAACAAGCGAUCUCAACAAUCAGAAUCUUAUCACUCAAACAAGGACUCCAACUCUGGUCGAUCUAAUCAAAGUCAUAAUUAUGAUAACGGAGGGUCUUGAUAAUUUUUACCGGGGCUUUCAGGGGCAUUUCCCUCAUAUGUAGGCAUACGAUACAAUAUAAAUACUUAGGCUACAUGAAUUUUCGUGCAUAUAAGGCCUUGGUCUUACAUGGGUCUAACAAAACUGAUAUUGAUUGUUAGAAGUUGGUUCAUGGUCAACGGUAGUGUGAUGAAGGAGAAUUAUGAAUUAACUAGAAAAAUCAUAAUAUUGUAAACAACCUUUCAUCCUCUAUAUUAUAAUAUAUUAUACGGGAGCUUAAGAAUUGAAGUAGGUAAUUUUUGAUUCGUUUAUAAUGUGAUUAUGUGUUAGGCUUGUUGCACAAGAACUUAAGUUCUAUUAACUCCCACUAUUAAUUUAUUCAUUUUUAACAUUUAUAUCUUAAGGCAUUAUUUAUCCGGCCAAACGCUUUGAUCCUUGCCUGACUCAGGAAAAAGUAGAUAUCGUUCUUAAAUCUAUACAUAUCUAUUAAAAUUAGUUUACGACAGAGUGUUGUGAAAUGUUGUUCAACAAUUUUGUCUUGUAAUAAAAUGUCUGUGUCGUUAUAAUAUUAUCUUUGUAAUGUAGAUCUUUGGACCACAGCUCUUCAGUCAAGGAUGAAAACGAAAAGUUCAACAGUUGACUAAUCUAAAUAACAGUAAGUUGAUAAAUUAUAAAAAUUUAGUAGUAACAGGACAGUAGCGUACAAUAUAUGUGAAGCAGUUUUAAACUUAAAGCAGUUUCGUUAAUGAAAUUUAAAAUCAGGUAGGGCACUCAUCUUGACUGAGUAGUGACGUCUUUGCAAUUGACUCACCCCUGUCAGCAUUUUAUUUCUUAACGUUUUCCAGCUGAGCUAGUUUUUAUUUAUAUCAUCUAAUAAUGAAUAAAUGAUCAUGUGGAAUAUUCAGACAUGGCGGUUAUUUGUCCUUAAGAUUUAGUUCACGAUCUCUUAUUUUUAAUAUAUGAUAACUCCAUGGACCUCGAGCGGAUUUAAUUUAUUAAUUUGAUACUGUUUUGAUUAAAAAUAUGUCGAUAUUUGCUCCCUCUUGGUUAAUGUUGGUGAUAAGAAGCUUAUCACUCCAGUUACAAAUACAUAGUAUGCUUCUGCCUUACUCAAAUU